AUGUAUUACAGUCACAGGGGAAGGGGGACGGGGUUGUCGGGCAGGUUUCGCUUGUCAGCACAGCGUUUGAGGGGAUUUACGAUUAGCAUCCAGGAUUUGGAAAGGAAAGAUAUCUUUGAUCUGUACAAGCCCAUGCAUGACCGACUCUGUCAUCAAGUACUCAUUUCCCCCGGCUUGACGACGAUCCCGAACUUGUUUGGUACCCAGGAUGUGCUGACCGGAUAUGAGCCGUCAGAUCUCGCCUCACAGAGAAGACUUCACGGCAGAUCAUGCAUUCAUGUCUUUGCACAUUGUGAUGCGUUUCCUGGACAUGCGUUUUCAGCAUGCUUCUUCGACUGA